AUGAACAUGAAAGAUCAGUUUGUCUUGUCAGACGAAGUACUCAACAUCCAGCAGAGUGAUUUGAACGACUAUGUCAUUCCUAAUGAAACACAAAUACAAGGAAAGAGCGACCAAGAUUUAGCAAGAUAUCUCAAUGAGAUAACUGACAGCAUCCAAGUAUCAUCUGAAAAUAUAUCAGACCCUCUAGUAUUUGAUAAAAUACGCAGCUUUCUCAAAUACUUCACCACACCUCCACCUCGUAUCCUCUCUCGUUUAUUCGACAUUUUAUUAUCAGCAUUUCGAGUCGAAAUCAAGGCCACAGCGGAUGAUUUGGAGAAUAAUGAAAAGGAAACCUUCAACAACCAUCGUCUUCAUUUAGAGCUGUAUGGAUUCUUAGUGCAUUGGUUCUUAUUAUUGGCUGAAGAACAUUCUACAUCUUCCAACAUGGUUCGCAAAGCAAAGCCGAGUUCAGCUGGGGGACACAACUUGAAGACAUUCGACUGGAGUGCACAAAAACUGAAGGCAUUCGAUCUAGCAAGCUGGCUGCUUGACCUCAAGUUGACAAAGUUGUGGACAUUACCGCCCGACAGAUUGACGUUUGUUACAUUAUUCACCAAGCCAGCAUAUCAAUUGCUCGAGAAUCCAGCACACGCAAAGUCAAACCCUAUCAAGGAGCGCAUCUUUCGCGUGAUCAGUCUGUGUGUAAAGCAUUACGAUCAUUUACCAGCUGCACAAGCGACCAUCAUGCAAAACCUUCAAUAUUGGGAGCAUUCUGCUGAACCCAUGGCUGAAUUGUUAGUGUAUAUGGUGGACAAGCAAAACUACACUCAAUUGGCCGAUGAGAUUCUGCGUGAGAUCAGCAACAGAGAAUUUAAGGACACCACCAGCAAAGAGGUCAAGGAUUCACCCAAUCCCAAGACAUUUGCUACCUUUUUACAGACUCUUGCUGAGCUCUCAAAAAAGACAAUUUUAAAGAACUUGACCGUGUUGAUCAAUCUUUUGGCGAGUGAUUCUUAUAUUAUGAGAGUAGCACUGAUCGAGAUAUUGGGCCUAUUGAUCGCCGAGUUAUUCAGAACAAUCGAUGAUACUCCUGACAACAACCAUCUUGAACAGAUCAACGGAUUCUUUGAUCUACUGGAAGAACGCAUGUUAGAUACAGUAGCUUAUUGCAGACAGAAAGUACUGCAAGUGUAUAUCCGCUUAUUCGAGUUAAAGAACAAGUUUCCCAGUAGAAGACAGACCAUUACAAAGCUCUGUGUCCGACAUUUACAAGACAAGAGUAGCACAGUGCGAAAAUACACUAUUCGAGCAUUGACAGCAUCGAUCACUACCCAUCCCUUCAGCAUGUACGGCGGCGAGCUUGAUUUAGAAGAAUGGCAAGGCAAAUUGGACAAGCUCAAGGAAGAGCUUGAGCAUGUGGCAUCUGAAGAUGAAGUACGUGACAUAUUGACAGCCCAAGCAAUGGAGGCAGAAGAGCAGAAAGAGGUUAAAGAAGCAGAGAAGGAAGAAAGUGCAAAUGAGCCAGCCGAUGACGUAGAUAAGGACAUUGUUAUGGAAGACGUUGAUGCAGUUAUGGAUGAAAACAAAGAGGAUGACAAGGAAAACCAGCCUGAAGUGCCUUCGGAAGAAAAAGAAAAAUCGUCUACUGAAGCAGCUACAGCCGAACCUGAUCAACCACAGCAGCAACCAGCCGAAAAGAUAGCAGCACCCAAGACCAUUGUAUCCAACGAGAAGAUACAGCAACUUGAAAUGAUGUGUAAAUAUCAUACAGACGCCACUGCCUUUAUCAAACUCAUUCAUGAAGCAAUCCCAACCAUCAUCCAAUUGCUGUCGUCCAAAUCCAAAGCUGAAGUACUGGAGUCCAUGGAUUUCCUGGUAGUUGGCUACAAUUACAAGGUCAAGCCUGCUGCUGAUGGUGUCAAAAAGAUGCUUCAUUUGAUCUGGACCAAGGAUACCAGCGACGAAGGCAAAGGCAUCAAGAUGAAGUUGAUCAAAUGUUACAGCAACUUGUAUUUAGACAGAGAUGCCAAACUCUCGAGACAAGCCAAUGUCAACCGCAUUGCCAAGAACCUGAUUCAAUUGACUUAUGAUACUACAUUGGCCGAAUUGACAUCCUUGGAGCAGCUACUCAGUCUACUAAUGGCAGAAAACAAGAUUGCUGUCGAUGUAAUUCAAAAGUUAUGGUCUGUGUACGGGUUCACGCAGGGCCGCAUACAAAAGUCGCAACGUCGUGGCGCGAUUGUCAUUCUCAGCAUGCUUGCAAAGGCUAAAACGAAGGUAGUGUCUGAUAAGCUGGAUGUGAUGCUCAAGAUUGGACUGGGCCCUCUUGGCAAAGAAGAUUUGGAGUUGGCGAGAUACACAUGCAUUGCUUUGCAACGUCUGGAAGGCACUCGAUCCAAGGAGAAGAGUCGCGGUGUUCAUGAAGGUGUUCGAUUCCCCAACAGCCAUCCGAUGUUUGCAAGAUUGAAAGACGUGAUUGAGAUCUCUACCGAUAGUCAGCUCUGGUUCAGUUUAGCUGAGCAGGCGGUCAAUACUAUCUUUUUGUUGUGCAAACAUCCUGAAUCGCUCUGUGAGGAGAUUCUCCGUAAGAAGACAGCCAAGGUAUUCGGUGUGAAAGAGAUCAGCCUUAACACGUCUCCUUCUCCCUUGAAUGACAACUCUACACCGGUGGAAUCUUCCUUUACGGAAUAUGACAUGACUCAACAAGCACUGCCCUUUCCUCAGCACCCCACCUAUCAGAAGCCCAUGGAACUUGCUCAGUUGUUCUUUUUAGUGGGGCACAUCGCCUUGAAGGAGAUUGUUCAUUUAGAGAUUGUCGAAGCUGCUUGGAAGCGCAAAAAGUCUGAAAAGGAAAAGGACAAGCAACAGGAAGAAGGGCAUACAGCUGUCGAUGAUGAACUGGAUCAAGUUGGCGGUACAGCAGAAGACGACAUUGGUGAUGCCAUGACCAGAAUUAGAGAGAGAGAAAUCCUGUUUGGACCCAAUUCACUGCUUGGUGUUUUUGGCCCCAUCUUGACCGAGGUGUGUGCUCGCAACAAGAUCUACACAGACCGUACACUUCAAGUAAAUGCCACGCUGGCAUUGACCAAAUUUAUGUGUGUCAGCUCUGAUUUCUGUGAAAAGAAACUGCAGUUGCUGUUUACCAUCCUUGAAAAGUCCAAAGACGCCAGUAUUCGCAGCAACAUUGUCAUUGCAUUGGGCGAUAUGGCUGUCUGUUUCAACACACUAAUUGAUGACAACAUCACCUUCUUGUACAACCGUUUAUCAGAUCCUGACACCAUUGUACGCAAAAACGCAGUGAUGGUACUGACUCACUUGAUUCUCAACGGCAUGGUCAAAGUCAAGGGGCAAAUCAGUGAAAUGGCAAAGUGCCUUGAAGAUCAAGAUCAACGCAUUUCCGAUCUGGCCAAACUCUUCUUUACUGAACUGGCCUCCAAAGACAAUGCCAUUUACAACAAUUUGCCCGAUAUCAUCAGUUCUUUGACCAACAGCCAGCCUAGCCGUUUGGAGGAAGAAUCAUUCCGAAAAAUCAUGAAGUUCAUCUUUAGUUUUGACUUUACAGAAAAGGAGAAACAAGCGGAAAAUAUUGUCGACAAACUGUGUCAACGUUUCCUGACUGCAGAGGAUGAAAGAAGCUGGCGAGACAUUGCUUACUGUCUGUCGUUGUUGCCAUUCAAGUCUGAGAAGCCCUUUAGGAAGCUGCUUGAAGCUUGGCCCACGUAUCAAGACAAGAUUCAUGAGGAUUCCGUGCACAAGAGCUUCUUGGAAAUUAUUCAAAAGGGUCGUAUUCAUCACAAGAAUCAAAGACCCGAGUUAAGAGCUCUGGUAGACGAUUUUGAGCAGAGAAUUGCCAAGCAGAGAGGUCCUGAACCUGAGAAGGCCGAGAAAUCACCCAAGAAAGUUGGAAGAACUGUCAAAAAUGAAAAGAAACCAAAGAGCCAGGAGACAUCAACCACCUUAGCGGACUCAAAGAAACCACUUCGUAAGCGACAAAGAGUUGCAAAAGAGAUGGAAACCAGUGAGGACGAAGACAUGGAUGAACCUAGCGAUAUAGGAUCUGAGUCAGAAGAAGAUAGCGAAGAAGAGGAAGACUAUGAGGAAGAGGAGAAUGGAGAUGACAUUGUCCCUAUUGUCAAUUUGAGAAAGAACAAAUCAAAGCAUGCAAUCAGGGACGAUGAAGAUGACGAAGACGAGGAUGAAGAAGAGCCGGUAAUAAGACAGAAAUCUACAAGAUCUACACGAUCUCGACGCAUUAUCCAAGACAACGAUGAAGACGAAGAGGAGGAAGAAAAUGACUUGCAAGUAGAUGUGGAAGGAGAAGAUGAACAAGAAGACGAUGCUAUGGAUGAAGAUGAAUAA